AACAAAUCAACAAGUAAGCUUCUUCUAUAUCUUGUCAAAAAAAUUUUACUACUUUCUUUGUAUUUAUUUAUAUCCAGUAUGCAGCUGUAUUUCCUUUUAGGAAAUGGCAGAUAUGAAAAGCACUGUCCAGAUUCGUGUAGAUAGCAGGAUACAGGGCCUUCCUUCCGAACCUUCUUCAUGGCCUAGAAUUUUUCAAGUGCCUCAUUAUUUACGGACGCUAAAUAAAGAAGCCGAUGAACCUAGAAUCAUUUCUAUUGGUCCUUAUCAUCAUCAAAAGGUUCAUUUGAAGGCAAUGGAAACGCACAAGGUGCGUUUUUUAAAAGACAUUCUUCGACGAAGAGAUGAGAGUAGUGCUGAAAGAUGCGUGGAGGCCGUGACAGGUAUGGUAAACAGGGCUCGUAACUGUUAUUCAGAAUCUUUGGUUAUUUCUGAUGAAGAAUUUUUAGAAAUGAUGGUUCUUGAUGGCUGUUUUAUCGUGGAGCUAAUUCAUAAAUUUGAUGAGGGAAGUUGGCAUGAUCCUAUCUUAAAUGUGUGUCAGAUUUACACCAACAUUUUGAAAGAUCUGAGACUAGUUGAGAAUCCACUUCCCUUUUUCGUACCAUAUUUAAUGCGUGAAUACAAGAAAGCACCAAGAAAUGGUGGGUUUUCUUUCGUACGUUCUGCUACAGAACUAAGAGAGGCAGGAAUCAAGUUCAAGAAGGUUCAGGGGGGCAGCUUGUUUGAUAUAAAGUUCGAAAAUGGGACGCUUAAGAUUCCAGCUGUGACAAUUGAGGAUGCAACUGAGAUAUUGUAUCGUAAUAUCAUUUCCUGUGAACAGUUUGACGACAUAAGCGCUAACGAAGAAGUUGCCGAGAUGUUUAAUAGGCUUGGAACUGAAGUUAUUGUCAACAAGAAGAACUUCUUUUAUGCCAAGUUAUUUAAUGGUGUCAACAGACAUUACCACACACCUUGGAACAAAAGGAUGGCAAGUUUAAGGCACAAUUAUUUCAACACACCAUGGGCGUUGGUCUCUUUUGUUGCUGCAAAUUUCUUGCUUUUACUUUCGUUGCUGCAAAUUUCUUGCUUUUACUUUCGUUGCUGCAAACAACGUUCACAAAUUUCCCUCAAACUCGGUCUUGAAAGUGUCAAAAACCUUUAGUAUGGAGGGAAAGACGUGGAUCAGCAGAUGGCAUUGAGGUGUGUGACAAUUGCAAAGUGUUAGGGUGCAUGCGUAGAGUAAUUUGAAAUAUUUUCAUGUGUAUCCUUAUGUUUGUGUAAUAUCCGUCUUGCGUCCUACUUUAAUUAACAAGUUGUAUCUCUGUUAGUACCAUGUUUUUCUCUGUUUGGUUGUGGGUUUUUUAGGCUUCUAAAUUGUAAUGUACUUUUUCACUGCUACAAAAAAAUUUACUAUUUUUA